CUUUCUCAUAAAUAUAUACCACUGGACCGGCGGUUGUGGAACUCCUUCCAAGUCGAGCCUCUCGUAGCUAGCUAGUUGCAUCAAUCAAUCAAUCAAAGCAUCCUCAUCAUGGAGCUAAUAACCGGAGCCACCCUCUCCUUGUUCGUCGUUUCAGCAGUGUUGAUUCUUGUUCUUACCUUGCUUAUUAGCCGCCAACUAGCACCACCAGGUUCCAAGAAGAAGCGGCGGCAGCCUCCUGGGCCAUGGCGUCUGCCCUUGAUCGGAAACCUCCAUCAGAUCAUGACGUCAAAGCUGCCCGUCGUCCUCCGGGACCUGGCCAGGAAGCACGGGCCGGUGAUGUACCUUCGGCUGGGGCAGGUCGACGCGGUGGUGGUGUCGUCGCCGGCGGCGGCGCGGGAGGUGCUCCGGGACAAGGAUGCUGCAUUCGCGUCGAGGCCGAGAGUCCUCAUGUCGGAGAUCAGUCUGUACGGGAACCUCGACAUGGCCUUCGCGCCGUAUGGCGCGUACUGGCGGGCGCUGCGCAAGAUCUGCGCGGCGGAGCUCCUGAGCGAGCGGAAGGUGAGGCAGUUUUGGGCGGUGAGGGACGGCGAGACCAUGUCCCUCGUUGCCGGCGUUGGCGAGGCAAGCAGGGGCGGCAAGCCGUUCAGCCUCCGCAGGCUGCUGGUGCUGUGCUCCAACUCCAUAACCGCCAAGACGGCGUUCGGGGAGGUGUGCAGCUCGGAGCUCCAGGAGCAGUUCCUGGCGGUGAUGGAUGAGGUGCUCAAGCUCGGCACGGGGCUCUGCGUCGGGGACCUCUUCCCUUCGCUGUGGUUCCUCGACGUGGUCACCGGGCUGAGAGGCCGGCUAUGGCGAGCCCGCCGGCAGCAGGACGAGCUCCUCGACAAGAUCAUCUCUCAGUCUGAGAUGCGGCCAGGUGAUCACGUCCUCGGCUCUCUGCUUAGCAUCAGGGACAAGGGGGAGAUCGACUCCAUCUCCGUCCCGAUGGAACUGGAUAACGUCAAGGCAAUUAUCAUGGAUAUGUUCACAGCCGGGACCGAGACUACAUCGUCGGCGGCAGAGUGGGUCAUGUCAGACCUCAUGAGGAACCCGGAGGUGAUGAUCAAAGCCCAGGCUGAGGUGCGGCGCACAUUGGACGGUAAGAGCUCCCAAGACCACGAGGGACACAUGGUGGAUCUACACUACACCAAGAUGGUGAUCAAGGAGAGCAUGAGGCUAAACCCAGUGCUGCCUCUGUUGAUCCCCCGUGUCUGCCGAGAGACUUGCGACGUCGGCGGGUUUGAGGUCACGGAGGGCACCAGGGUUAUGGUGAAUGCGUGGGCGUUGGGUAGGAACCCCGAGAGCUGGCAUGAGCCGGAGGAGUUCAGGCCGGAGCGGUUCGAGGAUGGCACGGCGACAUACAAAGGCUCACGGUUCGACUACUUGCCGUUUGGGAGCGGGAGAAGAGUCUGCCCUGGUGAUACCUUUGGGGUUGCCGUGUUGGAGAUCAUGGUGGCACGACUUCUCUACUACUUUGAUUGGAGCCUCCCUGCGGGAGCGCAACCCAGGGAGCUGGACAUGGAGAUGGUGGUUGCCUUAACUUCAAGGAGGAAAAACCCGCUGCACCUAGUGGCGACACCGUAUAAGGCAUGCACAUGUUAAUUGAACGUAAUUAACUUAGGGACGUUGUAUUUGUAUGGAAUAAUAGUGGUCGAGUUUUUUAUUAGGGAACCAUGCAUACAGCACCAACCUUAUUAUCAUAUGCUCAUACGUUGCAAGUAUCA